AAAGUUGUGUCUAAAUUAAAAACUUAUCUGUGAUAAAAUAUUUAUAUUUCAGAGGAAAAUGUUGAAAUUCUCUUGUCUCCUCAGGCAUUGUUCCUUGAAUCGAGCCUGGUAUUCAAGUGUUACAAAACCCCAACCUGAAACCUGGGAUCUUCUUGCUGCUGUCUGUUUAGAACGGUUGCCUGUUCUAACUGCAGACUUGAAUCCAACAGAAGAAAAACUCUCCGAGAUUUUGACUAAAAUUGAUCUGGAACAGUCAAUGCUGAAUGAUCACGAAGUCAGACUGAAGUUGGAUAAUGAGAGGAAUGAGAAGAAGAAGCGUGGUGAGCUGGGGGAGGGAGACUCCGACGCGGUUAUUACUGGUUUAGAUAUGGAGGAUAAAUGGAGAACAGAGGCUUCUGAUUUCACAGCAGCUAGUAGAUUAACUGAGGCGGAUUUAAAGAAUGAUAUUAGAUCUUGUAAACGGAAACUAGAUCGACCUCUUCGUCUUCUUACUAAACUUAAACUAGGAAACGAUGUUUACUGGGAUCUUCCUUUUGUUGUUCGACAGGACGGGGAAACCAUGCGGCAGACCGCAGAGAGAGCUGUUUACUCAAAAUGUGGAAACAAUUUAAAAUUUGGAAUUUUGGGGAACUCCCCUUUAAGCUUUUACAAAUAUAAAUAUCCUAAACAAUUUCAAAGUAAGACGGAAAAGGUUGGUGCCAAGGUAUUUAUCUUCAAGGCUUAUCUCACGUCAGAGUUCUUUGAUGACGCGACGGUUGAGGGUGGAGAGAACGUAUUGGACUACCAGUGGGCGACACUAGAGGAGAUGAAAACUAGUCUUGAACCAGAUACAUUCAGAGCAGUUACUAGGAUGCUUCAUUCAGAGGAUUAAUUUCAGA